AUGGUGACAGAAGAAAACGCACGACUGAGGAGCUCCACCGAGGCCAAAGCCUACAAGGCCUCGCAGGAACAAGAGCCAGCCGUAGACUGGAGCGAAGGCACUCAGCAGGCCUCCAGUGAGGAGCGAGAUUUUCCACUGAAAAAUUCCAAAUCCAAUGGCUUCGAUUGCAUCGUCUACUGUAAAGGUUCCUGUAAGAGAGCCAUUUGCAGACUGGUGGCCCACAGGGGCAGCUCUUGCUGUGGCUAUCGUACAGAUCUCAUUGUCUGUGCCCUGGUCCUCAUCGAUGUGGCUCACAAAAAGUACAACAUGGAAUUCGAGAGCUUGGAGGAGCGGUGUAACCGGAUUCUGAGAAACAUGGAGGCUGCCCUGACAGCCCGGGAUCGGGUGGGAAUCCAAGAUUUUGUUCUCCUGGACGCCUACACAAGUGAGACUGCCUUCCUGGACAACCUGAGGAAACGUUUCCAUGAGAAUCUCAUUUACACGUACAUUGGGACUCUCCUCGUUUCAGUCAACCCAUAUAAAGAUUUAGACAUGUUCAGCAAGAAGCAAAUGGAUACGUACAUGGGAGUAAACUUCUUUGAGCUGCCGCCUCAUAUAUAUGCUCUGGCUGAUAACGUCUUCCGCACCAUGCUGUCUGAGUUCAACAACCACUUCAUCUUGAUCUCAGGAGAGAGCGGGGCCGGAAAGACAGAGGCCUCCAAGAAAAUCCUUCAAUUCUACGCCGUCAGCUGUCCAAGCACCAAACUCCUGAACAAUGUCCGGGACAGGCUGCUUCUGUCUAAUCCAGUGCUUGAAGCUUUUGGAAAUGCCAAAACCCUGAAAAACGAUAACUCUAGCCGCUUUGGAAAAUACAUGGACAUCCAGUUUGACCACCAGGGAGGAGCCGUCGGUGGUCACAUCCUCAGUUACCUCCUGGAGAAGUCUCGUGUGGUCCACCAGAACCACGGGGAGAGAAACUUCCACAUCUUUUACCAGCUGGUGGAGGGCGGAGAGGAUGACCUGCUUCGGUGGCUUGGCCUGGAGAGAAACUGCAAGAACUACCGUUACCUAGUGCAGGGAGAUUGUGCCAAAGUUAGCUCAAUUAAUGAUAAAAGUGAUUGGAGGACAGUGCGAAAGGCCCUCUCUGUCAUAGACUUCAGUGAGAGCGACACUGAGCACCUAUUUGGAAUCAUUGCUAGUGUGCUCCACUUGGGAAAUGUCAAGUUUGAAACAAAUGCUCGAGGAUAUGCCACACUCAACAACAACCAGGAGAUGCACUGGGUGUCAAAGUUGCUGGGGAUUCCUCAUCAGGUGUUAAAAGAGGGCCUAACCCACAGAAAGAUUGAGGCCAAAACAGAGGAGGUGCUCAGCCCCUUCUCCGUGGAUCAUGCAGUGUAUGCCCGGGAUGCCCUCGCCAAAGCCAUCUAUGGCCGUACCUUCAACUGGUUGGUGGACAAGGUCAAUGAUUCAUUAGUUAACAAGUUUUGCAUCAACUACUGCAAUGAAAAACUGCAGCAGCUUUUCAUCCAGCUGACCCUCAAAUCAGAGCAAGAAGAGUACGAGAUGGAAGGGAUUGAAGAUGAGGAAUGUUUACGCCCUGGAGAGGCCACAGACCUCACCUUCCUGGAAAAGAUGGAGGAAAAGAUCGGUGGUCAUCCACAUUUUGUUACGCAUAAACUUGCCGACAAAAAAACGAGGAAAACAAUGGAAAGAGGAGACUUCCGCCUCUUGCACUAUGCUGGGGAGGUCACAUACUGUGCUGUUGGUUUCUUGGACAAAAACAACGAUCUGUUGUAUCGAAAUGGAAAAGAGGUUAUGCGACAGUCCAAGAACGCCAUCAUCAGACGCUGUUUUCCCUCUGAACCAGACAGCAAAAAGAGACCUGAAACCGUGGUGACCCAGUUUAAGAACAGCUUGGUUGGACUGACUGAGAUCCUAAUGUCCAAAGAGCCCUGGUAUGUCCGCUGCAUUAAGCCCAAUGAAGCCAAGCAGCCAGGGCAAUUUGAUGAUGUGUUGGUGAGACAUCAGGUUAAGUAUCUGGGUCUGAUGGAGCACCUGAGGGUCAGACGUGCUGGGUUUGCCUACCGUCGUAAAUAUGAAAUCUUCCUCCAGAGGUAUAAGCCUCUAUGUCCAGACACCUGGCCCAACUGGAGGGGCACGGCAGCCGAAGGUGUGCGGUGCCUGAUCAAAUACCUCGGCUAUAAACCUGAUGAGUACAAAAUGGGCAGGACAAAGAUUUUCAUCCGCCACCCCAGAACUCUGUUUGCAACAGAGGAUGCCUUCCAAGUCUGCAAGCAUAAGCUAGCAACAACAAUUCAGGCCAAGUAUAAAGGCUACCGGGUGAAAGGAGACUACCUAAAACAGAAGGAAGCAGCCACUAAGAUUGAGAACUGCUGGAGAGGUCUGAUGGCAAGGAAGGAACGUGAGAGGAGAGCUUGGGCUGCCAAGGUCAUCAAGAGGUUUAUUAAAGGUUUCAUGACCCGAAAUCAACCAGCAUGCAUCGAUAACAGUGAGUACCUGGCCUACGCAAGGCAGAGCUACCUCAUGCGAUUGAAAGGAAACCUUCCCAAAACAGUCCUGGAGAAAGACUCCUGGCUCACCCCUCCACCGAUUAUGAACGAGGUAUCCCAGCUCUUGAAAAAGAUCUAUACUCGCCUCAUGGUGCGGAAGUAUGUCAGAGGAAUCACUCCUCAAAGAAAAGCUCAGUACAGUGUGCCAGUGGUGAAGUAUGACAGGAACGGCUUCAGGCCUCAUCUCCGGCAGCUUAUCUUCACCCAGAGAGCUGCUUACCUAGUCGAGGAGGCCAAGAUCAAGCAACGGAUCGAUUAUGGGGAUCUGGUUCUACAGUGUGACUACCUGUUUGAGACUUUGACUAAGCUGAGCUUCAUUGCAAACAAGGAGAACAGCAUCAAAGUGGUGCAAGGAAGUGUUCGAUUUGACAUCCAGCCUGGAAGAGAGGGUUUCGUUGACUUCAAAAGUGGUCAGGAGUCGAUGAUCUACCGGACAAGGAAUGGCCAUUUGAUGGUGCUGUAUCAGCAUUAUCAGCACACUGUAGAUCAAAUAAAGGCAGAUUUGACGGGAUACGUUUUUGAAGUUCACACGGGCAAGUUAGACUCUAAGUUCAAAGCUGUCCUGGUGAACUCGACUAAGUGGCAGUACUACGGCACGCUUAACGUCGCCGGCACUCUUCAAAUGACAUGGAACACCUCCUUAGUCAGAGCAGAAAGAGUCAAUAUAGAGCUUUGGGGUUACAGAGAGACUGGAAAGCCUUAUUCUGAGGAGUGGCAUGGUGAGUGGGAGUAUCUGUACUCUCUUGCGAAGGAUUAUCCAAAUAAUGGCUCCUUCAGCUUUUUGCCAAAACCAGCAGAAAAUGGCAUUUCCAGUUGGGAGCUUGGCUCUCUCCGUGUCAGCUCGAGCAGCCACCCGGAUGGCAUGCGGAAUGUUCAAGCUGCGUGGACAGAGGAUCACGCUUUGGCCUGGCAUCUAGAGGAGAGGUUUAGGGAGAACUCAACAGUUUGGGCUCUUGAGAAAUGCCUUUCUUGGGAUCAGCUGGAAAAUCAGCUGCCCAACUUCCUCAGUGAGAUCAUCGACUGUCCCUGCACUCUGGCUCAAGCACGGGCAGACACAGGGAGGUUUCAUACUGAUUAUGGAUGUGACAUAGAGAAAGGGAGUGUAUGCACCUACCAUCCUGGAAGUGUUCACUGUGUAAGAGCCAUACAAGCCAGUCCUAAGUAUGCAGCAGGACAACAGUGUUGUUACGACAGCACUGGGGCUCAGGUCCUGACAGCGGACUCAAUUGGGGGCAGUACUCCAGACCGAGCGCACGACUGGGGCUCGCCUCCCUACAGAAAACCUCCUCGAAUUCCCGGACAAUCGCAUUGGGUCUACGAUGUCCUCAGCUUCUACUACUGCUGCCUGUGGUCCGACAACUGUCACUACUACUUCAAACAUCGGCCCUCCAGUGACUGCAGGAGAUACCAGUCACCUAGUUCGGCCGUGGUGUUCGGAGAUCCCCACUUUAUAACGUUUGAUGGUGUCAGCUACUCUUUCAACGGCAAAGGGGAAUACACUCUGUUGACCUCAGCAGAGAAGCGAUUGACAAUCCAAGCAAGAACGGAGCCUGUUAAUGGAACGAUCAAAGCAACAAAGUUGUCAGCUGUUGCAAUGAGAGAGGCAUCCUCUGACGUUAUUGAGGUGCGUCUUGUCAGCGGAAAUACGGGACUUGAAGUGCUGCAUAAUCAGAAAGCCCUCUCCUUUUCUGAGCAGAGCUGGAUGGACCUGCACGGUGUGUUUGUGUUUUCUCCGUCCUCCACGAAUGUGACCGUGAUGUUCUCCUCUGGGGCUGGGGUGGAAGUGCGACGGACAGAAGAAACCAUGAUGACCACUGUCCUUCUGCCAGAGGAAUUUAAAACGACUACUCUCGGACUGCUGGGAAACAUGAACAGCGAUGCCAAAGAUGACCUUGUUCUUAGCGAUGGGCAGCUUGUGCAGAACAACAGCAAUCCAGAAGAGCUCUUCCGCUUUGGGGCAAGCUGGGCAGUGAUGAACACGUCAGCCUUAUUUACGUACGAUUCAGAGUAUCUUCUGGACCAGUAUUACCACGCCCCUAGACACGACCCAAGUUUUUCUCCAGUGUUUUCUGUCCCUGAAAAUCCAGACGAUCCACUGACCAAUCAGGCUGCUGAGAUCUGUUCUGGAGAGGGCUCUCAGUUCUGUAGGUAUGAUAUCCUGGUGGGUCGAAGUCCGAGAAUGGGAAAUGCUACACGAAUGUCUUUCCAGAGUCACAUUUCUCUUGUCGAGGAUCUGAAACCAGAAAAAGUUCACAUUCAGAAGAAGCAGGAAAAAUUGUAA